UGAACUCAAUUCCCAACACCUUAAACUUUUCUUUAGCGACCAUGUUGAGAUUGAUUGGAAGCUUGAGCUUCCUAUGGCUUCUCAUGGCCAUAUCCACUGCAGCUCAAACCCCAGCAGUGCUAGACACCACCGGCCGGCCUCUUAGAAGCGGCGUAAGGUACUAUGUGCUUCCAGCAGCAACUGAUAUCGCUGGUGGUUUAACGCUGAUAAAUCGCACCGACUCUUGUCCAUUAUACGUUGGUCAGGAACCUCUUUCGACCGUUGUAUCACCAGGUCUUCCGGUCAUCUUCACACCAUUUUCUGCCGGAGACGGUAUCAUCAGGGAGGGAAGGGACUUGAGGAUUGAAUUUUCAGCUGUCUCCAUUUGUGCUCAAUCCACAGCAUGGAGGGUAGGUGAGGAGGACGCAAAGACGUCGAGGAGAUUUAUAGUGACAGGAGGAGAGCAGAGUUACUUCAGGAUUGACAACAAUAGAGGUCUUUAUGAGUUGGUGUGGUGUCCCGGUGAGUCCUGUCCGGAUUGUGGAAGGCCAAGAUGUGGUUCUGCUGGUAUUUUGAUUGAGAAUGGCAAGAGAUUUUUGGCGUUGGAUGGCCGUGCUUUUCCCUUCCGAUUUAGGAGGGCUUAUCGGCGGCACCGACUUAGUUUAUUGUCCUUGUUUUCUUAAAUUCUUGGCAUUGUGUUAGUAAAUAAACGCCAAAAAUCUCAAAAAUAAAACGUAUCCAUCCUAAUCUAAAGACCUUUUUAAUUAUCUCA